AUGCCAACACCAUUUCCCAAGCCUGGGGUAUCGCGGUGGAUAGGGACACGGGCGUUUCGGGGACAGGGUAACUCCCAUGGCGUACCACCAACAGCUCUUCCAGACUCAUAUAGCAGAGGGGCUAUCGAUGAGUGCGUUGCUUGCACAACUAUGGAAGCAAGGGCCCUUCUUCCACAAGACCUACUGGCAGCUUUGGAUGAUGAUAUGGUCACCAGAUCAUUGACACCCAGGAACAACAUCGACAGUGCUAGAUACACAAACUUUUGCCCAUUCUACGCGCUAAUAUCAGAGCCUGCUGCACUUGCUGCAUCUGAAUCAAACAUGAACGUUGGGAUAAGCCAACAAGCCGGGGUAGCCAUACGUGAGGCGGAGAAGGGUGUGCUUCAGGAAGCCGCAGCGCUGAUGUCCAGUGGCUCCGAAAAGACCAAGUUGAACAGAGAAGUAACGACGGAAGAUGCCCGGGGACGCCACUCCACUACAGGAUAUCUUACAGGCAUCAUAAACCCUAGACUGGAGACCUUCCGGCCGUCUCGAAUGGUGCUUGAAAAGUGGGGCCUCGUGAAAGUUCCACGAGAUCCUGGCUCCAACUAUUUUGGAGACCAUUCUUCUGUAUCAUCCAUUCGCCAGGUCCUUAACUUGCCGGAUAAUGAGAACUGCGCAUUAUGGGUCACGUAUCUACCGCCAGAUAUAGACCUAGCGACUUUCCUAAAUAAAGUGCGGACCGGCGCAGUUUAUGCAGCUGUCCUCCUGGAACCAGAGGGAAAGAAUUGGACAAAAGCAGCGAAACUUGUGUUUAAAAAGCACAGUGCAGCGGUAGGUUUUUUGAAGCAGGUUCAGAGCGCCCCGGGGAUUGUUGUUUCAGGCCUCCGAAUGAAGGCCAUCUGGAACAGGAUUGGCUAUCGAGAAAACAAUACAAAGCGGACUAGAGUUCUUCAACUCAGAGGUCCACCCGAACUCAUGGCUCCGGACUUCUGGAAUAACUAUUUCCAGAGGUGCGUGGUAUUUGAGCUCGAAGCAUUAUACGACAUUUCUGGACAGCGCGGAGGGGAUAAAAUGCUAGAGUUUCGGUUUGCCCGCGUUGACGGACAGGCGGAAGCGUUAUUUUGUGCCAUAAUGAGCGAUCCCAUAUUCGCAGGCAUUGUUGGAGUUCGAUAUGGACCAGACCCUUGCGACCCCGAGUCUCGUCUCCAGUGA